AGUAGAGCAGUGUCUUCGUCCUGUGCAGCUUAAUCUCUGUGACCAUGGAUGACAAACAACCUCAGGCCUUGAAAAUUAAACGGGAAAUAGGGCUGAUUGGUGGUGUUGCCCUAAUUUCUGGAACUAUGAUCGGAUCUGGGAUAUUCAUGUCCCCACAGUUUGUGAUGGGCUACGCGGGAAGUCCUGGAGCCAGUCUGCUUAUCUGGGCUGUGACAGGAGUGGUUGCUAUGUUUGCUGCAUUGUCUUAUGCUGAGCUUGGGACAAUUUUCUAUGAAUCUGGUGCUGACUUCAUCUACAUACUGAGGAUCUAUGGUUCAUUCCCUGCCUUUUUUGCAGCAAUCACUUUUAUCCUGGUUGGGAAGCCUUUUAGUACUGCGGCGAUGGCAAUUAGCAUUUCAGAGUAUGUCUUGGCACCCUUUUACCCAGGCUGCCAUCCUCCUCAGCUGAUAGUGAAGUGUGUUGCGGCUGUGAGUAUAUUGGUGGUUGCCAUAGUCAACAGUCUGAAUGUCCGCAUCGCUGUCAGGAUACAAGUGAUCUUCUUGAUGGCAAAGAUUCUGGCUUUAGCAGCCAUUGUAAUUGGAGGCAUAGUGGAGGUCACACAGAGCACCAGGGUGAUUGUGGAAAAUUUGAAUGCUGAAAAUGCAUUUAAAGGCACUCAGUAUUCUUUAAACACUAUAGGGAUGGCUUUUUAUCAAGGACUCUGGUCUUAUGCUGGCUGGUACAACCUGAAUUAUGUCACUGAAGAGUUGAAGAGACCAGAGGUGAAUCUUCCCAGAGCUGUUGUGAUCGCCAUAUCCUUGGUGACUGGUUUGUAUCUGCUGGUGAAUGUGAGCUACCUCACAGUAAUGACACCCACUGAGCUCAUGUCGUCCAAUGCAGUAGCAGUUACAUGGGGGAACAAGGUGUUAGGAAGUUGGGGCUGGAUCAUGUCUGUGGCUGCAGCUCUGUCUGCUUUUGGUUCACUGAACGGGUCACUUUUCGGUGUCAGCCGUAUGUGCUUUGUUGCUGCCAGAGAGGGACACAUGCCAGAAAUUCUCGCUAUGGCUCACGUGCACAGACUGACGCCGUCUCCAGCGCUGAUCUUCACCACCAUCAUUUCCCUGGUGGUGCUGAUCCCUGGGGACUUCCAGAGCAUUGUCAACUACAUCAGCUUCACAACUUGGUUUUUCUAUGCCAUCACUCUGUCUGGACUCCUGUAUCUCAGGAUUAAGAAACCAGAGCUUCCCAGGCCGUACACCGUUCCCAUCAUACUCCCUAUACUGGUCCUUAUUGCUGCGAUAUUCCUUGUGCUGGCCCCCAUCAUAGACAGUCCUCAGAUUGAAUAUCUGUAUGUGGCUUUAUUUAUCUUCAGUGGAGUUAUAGUCUAUGUGCCAUUUAUCCAUUACAAGCUGUGCCCAGGCCUAUUGACCAAGCUGACAGUGUUCCUGCAGCUGUUCCUCGAAGUCGCCCCGGCAGAAAAAAACCUGUGAUUUUGUAAACUAAAAACUAAAUACAAGCCCAGCCUUUCACAUCUGCUGUUUUAAGUAUGCGUAGUUUGCUCCUCUUGUAUUAGACAUUACAGGUUACAUGCAGUAGCUAAUCAGUGUUACCUCCCACUUUUUCUGUCUGUCGAAAAAGUGCCUCAGGAAGCAUUCGUACCUUAUUUCUAUACUUGAAUGUCACAAUCUGAUAUGUACUAGUGCCUAUUUAUGCACUGUCUACUUUAUACUGAUUUUUUUAGUCAAACCGGCAGAGUAAAUUAUUUUGAAAUAAAUUUGUAAUUACUUCAUGUUGGUUGACCUAUUUAUCCUGACUUUCAUUUAAAGUGACAGCUUCCAUCUUUAAAAGUAAUGUAUGAAUAUGGAACAUCAGCACCA